AUGGAAACAACCCAGAUGCCCACGGAAAGAGGAAUGGACAAAGAAGCUGUGCUAUGCUCUUUCCGGGAGCGGAGUGGAGGGAAGACGUGCAGAAACAGCAAGGGGACGGAAAAGAAGGAGGAGCAGGCCAUCAGCCUCGGGCCUCAGGUGGCCGAAGGGGAGAAUGGCUUUGGGGUCUGCCACAUAUUUGCGUCCUUCAAUGACACCUUUGUCCACAUCACUGAUCUUUCUGGCAAGGAAACUAUCUGCCACGUGACUGGUGGAGUGAAGGUGAAGGCUGAUCGAGAUGAAUCCUCGCCAUAUGCUGCCGUGUUGGCUGCCCAGGAUGUGGCCCAGAGGUGCAAAAAGUUGGGUAUCACUGCCCUACACAUCAAACGGCGGGCAACAGGAAGAAACAGGACCAAAACCCCAGGACCCGGAGCCCAGUCAGCUCUCAGAGCCCUUGGCCGCUCGGGGAUGAAAAUCGGGCGGAUUGAGGAUGUCACUCCCAUCCCCUCCAACAGCACCCGCAGGAAGGGGGGUCACCGUGGUCGCCGCCUGUGAGCAGGACUCCCCACAUUAUUUUCUGUUAAUAAAUGGUCAUCAUGUGAAAAAAAAAGAAA